GAAUGCGUGCGAGCACCAAACGUUCAUUUUCGACUCAGACUGCGAUACAAAAAAGAACCAACUAUGGCAUCCGGGGUGACAGUGACCGAUGAAGUUAUUACCGUCUUCAACGAGAUGAAGGUGCGCAAGGCCCAGGUGAACGAGGAAGACAAGAAGAAGAGGAAGAAGGCCGUGUUGUUCUGCCUGAGUCCAGACAAGAAGAACAUCGUUCUGGAGGAGGGGCAAGAGAUCCUGGUGGGGCAGGUGGGCGACACCAUCGACGACCCCUACCUGCACUUUGUCAAGAUGCUCCCUCCGGACGACUGCCGCUACGCCCUGUACGAUGCCACCUACGAGACCAAGGAGACCAAGAAGGAGGACCUUGUCUUCAUUUUCUGGGCGCCAGAGAAUGCUCCCCUGAAAAGCAAAAUGAUCUAUGCCAGCUCCAAGGAUGCCAUUAAGAAGAAAUUCACAGGGAUUAAGCAUGAAUGGCAAGUCAACGGUUUGGAGGACAUCAAAGACAGGCGCACCUUGGCAGAGAAGCUGGGAGGCUCCUGUGUGGUCACCCUGGAAGGAAGCCCUGUAUAAAAUCAGCCAUGACUACCGGGUCCUGUUAAAGAAGAGGAAUUACCCGACUUUAAAAAUCCCAGGGUUCAUUCCAGAACGCGAAGGAAUUGUGUGGGAGGGAUUGUGGGUUCAAAUUUUACUUCAUGGUUUAAGUUGCGGUCAUUCCACCUUACAGCACUUCUCUAAAUGACGGCCCCCUGUUAAACUUGUAUCUCUGUUUUAUCCAUGCUUCAGCUGAAGAUCAUUCCCAUGUUGUCCUUGCUAUCUGACGUCCAGUACUGCUGGUUCAAGCUUACAGUUCCAUCAGUUAAUACCCAUGUACUCCAUUUGGACCAAUGGGCUUGCUUGUUUUUUUCUACUUAAAAUUUCCCAGCAUCAAUUGCACGUUUUUUCAUGGCCCAGAUCCUUUGUUAUACAAUAAAAUAACUUGAAACUAUUUUGUAAGCUUGGAACUGAAUCUGUAUGGGAAACUGAAGUAGCAGGUCAACGUUUAGAAGCUUUGUUAGUCACAUUUGUAUGUUUCUCAAAUAAAUGUGUCACUAGAAAGUGUAUUGUUGUGCAGAGAUGUAUGACGCAAAGAGAGGUGUACAAACUCAUGUUGAAAAAUGGAUUCUCAAGAGAUACAAGUUUAAACAAAUGCAAUCGCUAUGAAUAGCAAUUUGUGGGAAAAUGGAUCAUAAAAUGUAUGCAUUUUUUUCAUCAGACAUUCCAAGAGUGUCCUUUUCACAUUUAUGAAGAACCUAAUGUAUUGAUUUAAUGGUUAAAACUGGGUAUUUCAUUGCACUUCUCUGAAUGAACAACAGAAAAGAAGUCUUAAAUAGCUAUUUGUGAUCAAUAAUUACACAAUGUUUUUUGUCAAAGGCUGUCCAUAUAGUUUCCGCAACUAACAAAAACUGAAAAAUAAGAAAAUAAAAAUCUUUACAGUGUA